AUGAAGACCAUCUAUUUGAUAUGUCUCGUGGCGUUUAUUGUCCUGUUUUUGAAUAUAUCGGAAGUAGCCUCUGAAGCAAAUGUUCCAAACAAAGACGAGCCCAAGAAAGAUGCAAAGAAAGACGAUGCAAAGAAGGGCGAUAUAAAAACAGACGAUCUAAAGAAAAAUAUUACAGCGGCAAUCGAUCCCAAUGAACAGAAAAAGCUUACUCUCGGAGGUUCCUCUUCAUCCAACAUGAAUGGCGCCGUGUUUUUGUGCGGUACCUUGGUCUCGGUGGCUGUCGCUUUCUUUUCCCCAGAACCAACGAUCUUUUUCCUAUGUGGAGUAUCCACAGCCCACUUGUUCUGA